GGAUGUAUGCAUGCAAUGUUAUGUGAAGCAUGCCAUGGCUUCUGCUUUUCCCGCGUAAAAAUGGAGCGCUUCCUCGGGAGUAUAAAAUACGGGCAAGAAAAAUAGCGAGUGGCUGUGAUCCAGAUAAAUUCAUUCAACGAUUUUUCAAAACCCUAGAAGCUCCUUAUCGAUCCUCCAACUGCAGCUCACGGUGGCUCCGGCGAAGUACCUUCUGUGGUUCGAACGGAGCCUGCUGGUGAUACUAGGGUUUGGCGGGAGAUUCAGUCGGUUACCCUUCGUCUCCAAUUCUUUGCGCUUCAGAAAACUUUGAGAGGUGUUAUGGUAGAUCGGGUAGGGUUUAUGGGGAAACUGGCUUGAGUGGACAAGUUCGUGUGGUUCGGGAAUGGAGGACGUUAAGCCGUCGAUUUCUUCGAAUUUCGAUGAUGGUGAUGCCAUGGAGGCUCGUUUUGGAAAUUUGUGCAAGAGUGUGCUUGCGCUUGAUGAAAGCACAACGAGACAGGCAAUGGUGUUGUUCAGAGAAACUAAACAGAUUUUGAUGGCCAACAUAUCCACAAUUGGAAGCGGAUCUCCUGGUGAAGUCGAGAGGUAUUGGUCAGCGUUUGUGCUGUACUGCAUUAUAAGAUUGGGUCAAAGUAAGGGAAGGAGGGAAAGUGGACGGCAUGGAGUUUCUUUGUGCCAAAUUUUGAGGGCCUCUAAGCUGAACAUUGUUGACUUUUUUAAGGAGAUGCCACAGUUCUCUCUAAAGGCUAGUUAUAUUCUUAGCGGUUUAUAUGGUUCAGAUUGGGAAAAGAGGCUUGAGUUGAAGGAGUUGCAGGUGAAUUUUGUUCAUCUAAGUGCUUUAAGCAGGCACUACAGACGAGCAUAUCAAGAACUAUUCCUGCGAGGCGACUCUAGCAGUCAGCCUUCUGGUAUUUUGAAUAAUACUGGGUACAUAUCAGAUUAUCACCGUUUUGGAUGGCUAUUAUUCUUGGCUCUACGGGUUCAUACAUUCAGCCGUUUUAGAGAUCUCGUGACCUGCACUAAUGGACUAGUUUCAAUAUUGGCCAUACUCAUUCUCCAUGUACCCAUAAAAUUUAGGAACUUUCAUGUUGCCGACUUUCGACUAUUUGGGAAGAAAACUGAAAAGGGUGUUGACCUUCUUGCCUCUCUGUGUGACAUUUAUCAUACAUCAGAGGAUGAGCUGAAGAUAACCUUGGAGAAAACAAAUAAGUUAAUUGCGGACAUUUUAAACAAAAAACCUCGUCCAGCAUCAGAAUGUAAAACACAAAACUUGGAUUUCUUUAAUACAGAUGGUUUGAUAUGCUUUGAGGGUCUUUUAGAGGAUGAUUCGUUGCAAUCAAUUCUUCUCAUUUUGGAGAAGGAUUAUGAUGAAGCAAUUAACACUAUUGGUGAAUUGGACGAGCGGGUGUUUUGCAGCGAUGAUGACAGUGUACUUGGAACUGGAAGCUUAUCUGGUGGAGCCAUUAAUAUAUCAAGUAGAAAGAGUAAACUUGAUAUGAUAACUUCGCCUGCAAAGACUAUUAAAAGUCCCACCAGUUUUAUGCAAUCUCCUACAUCAACUGCCAAUGGCAAUCUUUCUGGUAGCUCUAAGAUUGUAUUCGACACACCGGUUAGCACGGCCAUGACGACUGCAAAGUGGCUCCGGAGCAUCAUCUCUCCGCUUCCUUCAAAACCCGAUGGCGAACUUCGCCGGUUUCUCUCCUCGUGUGAUAAGGAUAUGAACAACGAUAUCAUUCGUCGGGCCAACCUAAUUCUAGGCGCAAUAUUUCCCGUUAGCUCUUUUGGAGAGCGACGCAUGCCAGGAAGUUUUCAGGGCGCGAGCCUGAUGGAUACCAUAUGGGCCGAGCAGAGAAAAUUGGAGGCGUUGAAGCUUUACUAUCGUGUUUUGGAGGCGAUGUGUAGAGCAGAGUCACAAAAACUAAACGGCAACAAUCUUACUUUGCUUUUAACAAAUGAGCGGUUUCAUCGUUGCAUGCUGGCUUGUUCCGCCGAGCUCGUUUUAGCUACUCAUAAGACUGUCACAAUGAUGUUUCCCGCCGUCCUCGAGAGGACGGGCAUUACAGCUUUUGACUUGAGCAAGGUGAUUGAAAGCUUCGUGAGACAUGAAGAAACUCUUCCGAGGGAGUUGAAACGACAUUUGAAUUCGUUGGAAGAACGACUUCUCGAAAGCAUGGCAUGGGAAAAAGGGUCGUCGAUGUACAAUUCGUUAAUCGUGGCGAGACCGUCACUUUCGCCGGACAUAAGCAGGUUAGGACUAUUAGCGGAGCCAAUGUUAUCCCUCGAUGCAAUUGCGGCAAAUUAUAACAUUCCUGUUGGAGGUUUGCCGCCUCUCCCUCUUCACAAGCGCGAAAACUUUUCAGAUCUAAAUGGUGAUGCUCCAUCUCCUAAGAAGCAAUGCACCGAAUAUAAUAGGAUUGUAUUAGUGGAGCGCGCUUCCUUUACUUCUCCUGUCAAGGAUCGAACACUCGCUGCCAACAGUCCCAAAUCUAAACUACCACCGCUUCAAUCUACUUUUGCGAGUACUCUUUACAGUCCAACUCGUCCUAGUCCUUCAGGAGGUGGGGAGACGUGUGCUGAGAUAAGUAUUAAUGUGUUCUUUAGUAAGAUUAUAAAAUUGAGUGCAAUCAGAAUCAGAAGCUUGUGUGAAAGAUUGCAGUUGUCGCAGGAAGCACAAGAGCGCGUUUAUUAUCUCAUCCAACAAAUACUUAGUCAAAAAACUAGUCUUUUCUUUAAUCGGCACAUCGACCAGAUCAUACUCUGCAGUUUCUAUGGUGUUGCCAAGAUAUCGCAUUUAGACCUGACUUUUAAGGAGAUUAUUUACAACUACAGAAAGCAGCCGCAGUGUAAACCGCAGGUCUUUCGCAGUGUUUUUAUUAGUUGGCCAUCAGAAAACUUCAAUGGGAAAAAAGGUCAAGAGCAUGUUGAUAUAAUUACGUUUUAUAAUGAGAUAUUUAUUCCCUCUGUAAAGCCUUUGUUGGUGGAGUUGGGAUCUGCUGCAGUUCGUCCAAAUUCUGAGAGGCCUUCUGAAGUUAUUAAUAAUAUCGAUGGCCCAAUUCCAGGAUCGCCUCAGCUGUCUCGUUUCCCAAAUCUUCCUGACAUGUCUCCAAAGAAAGUUUCAGCUUCACAUAAUGUGUAUGUUUCUCCGUUGCGAACUUCGAAGAUGGAUUCUUUACUUUCACCAAGUUCAAAGAGCUAUUACGCAUGUGUUGGCGAGAGUACCCAUGCCUAUCAGAGCCCUUCCAAGGAUCUGUCCGCCAUUAAUAACCGCUUGAACAGCAGAAAAAUAAGUGGUAGGCUCAACUUUGAUAUGGUCAGUGAUUCAGUUGUGGCUGGAAGCCUUGGCCCUCAUAACAGCAGUUCAGAUUCUUCUGCUGCUGCUACUGUUUUGAAGAAUCCUGUAAAGUGUGAGCUACCUGACUUGUAGUUCUCAUGUUAAAUUCCCCAUUACUCUAAUAUUAUAUAAAUUAUUAUAUAUAUCUAUAAUAGUGUAUGUAAUUUGAAGUUUCAGGACUGUGUGCGAUUAGGAUGCUUAUGUAAAACAAAUAAUAUGAUUCCCCUUUGAGCGCCAUGUUUUCUUGGGCGUUAGUUUAGGGAUUUGUAAAAAGCUGUUCCUACAGCCUUGUU